CAACAACUACAAAGAGAUCAUUAUAGUUCAAAAAUGAGAACAAACUCAUUACCACCUGGUUUUAGAUUCCACCCAACUGAUGAAGAGCUCAUAGUCCAUUACCUCCGGAAUCAAGCCUCUUCCAAACCUUGUCCUGUUCCAAUCAUCCCUGCUGUCAAUAUUUACAAGUUUGAUCCUUGGCAACUCCCAGAAAAAUCGGAGAUGGUGGAAGGAGAGUGGUACUUUUUUACACCGCGUGACCGGAAAUACCCGAACGGUGGUAGACCAAACCGGGCGGCGGUGUCCGGGUAUUGGAAGGCCACCGGCACGGAUAAGGCCAUAUAUAGCAAGUCUAAGUAUGUGGGACUAAAGAAGGCACUUGUGUUCUAUAGAGGACGUCCUCCCAAAGGCUCUAAGACUGGUUGGAUCAUGCAUGAGUACAGGCUUGAUGGUUCUUUUGCUAAUAAUAAUUCAACUAUGCCAUCUAAAGUUUUGGAUGAGUGGGUGUUGUGUAGGAUAUAUGAAAAGAAGCAUCAUGGGAGGAAUAGGAACAACAACACUAACAUGAUAGAGGAUGCACAAGAGUGUAGUCCUAGUGAAGAGACUGUGGUUACUGAUAGUACAAAGCUGAGUGAGUUUGAAGAGAAGAAGCAUGUGUUUCCAAGGUCUUGUUCAUUGGCACGUCUUUUGGAGCCUGAUUACUUAACAUCAUCAGCUUCUUUUUUGGUUGAUGAGUCUCCAUUCUUUAACUCAAUGGAUGAAAUGUUUGAGAGCAAAGUUGGUAGCAACAAUGGCACACUUUUUGGUUUUCCAAUCCAUGUUGAUCCUCUGUUUUUUCCAUUUCAUUAAAAUGGGAUAGAAAAGAAAUAGGGACUUUGUUCAUGAUCAGUUUAUGACCAAGUUGUAAACAUUGUUCAGUUUAAGAUGGAUGUUUGACCUGAUUUUAUGUGUAUAUGUGCAUUAGCAUGAAGAUUAAGACUGAAUGUUUAGAAAAAUAAUCAAAUGAUAA